AGGAAGAAAGAAAGCGUGGAUCCCCUGCACCUCCACCCAACCGUCCCGCCUUUCUCUGCCAUCCACGCUGAGCUCCCCACUCUCUCUCCCUCUCGUUUCCAAGUCCGUCAGAAAUGGGAGCGUGAAAACCCUAAUAUCUCUGUCACGACGGCAUUGGACGCUUCCCUCGCUCGUAAAAAUCCACUUGUUCCCCAUUUUCUUCUAUUCGCCCCCUAAAUUUAGUCUCGUAUAGGAUGAAUUCCAAGGGUGCCUCGACUUCUGGCGGCGAUGGAACGAGAGAUUCCUCCGCUCCGAGGAGGAAUUCCAAGAAACCCAAAUAUUCCAAGUUUACACAACAAGAGCUCCCAGCUUGCAAACCAAUCCUAACUCCAGCAUGGAUUAUAACGUCAUUUGCUUUGGUUGGUUUAGUUUUUGUUCCUAUUGGACUUGCUUCCCUCUCUGCAUCAGAACAGGUGGUUGAAAUUGUAGACCGUUAUGAUAUAGACUGCAUUCCUGAGCAGUUUCAGAAGAAUCAACUUGCAUAUAUACAAAACAGUGAAACUAACAAAACCUGUACCAGAAAUUUAAUUGUGCCGAAGAAAAUGAACAGUCCUGUCUAUGUUUAUUACCAGCUUGACAAUUUCUAUCAGAACCAUCGUAGGUAUGUCAAAAGCCGAAGUGAUAAACAAUUGAGGAGUACAGCUUAUGAGCAGGUUACAGAUUCUUGUAAACCUGAAGACAAAGCAAAUGGUUCGGCUAUCGUCCCUUGUGGUCUCAUUGCUUGGAGCUUGUUCAAUGAUACAUACAAGUUUUCAUUAGAUAGUAAGGUUCUAGAGGUGAAUAAGAAGAAUAUAGCUUGGAAGAGCGAUCAGGACCAUAAGUUCGGCAGUGAUGUUUAUCCCAAAAAUUUCCAGAGUGGAGAACUGAUUGGGGGUGCCAAACUUAAUGCCAGCAUACCUUUAAGUGAGCAAGAGGACCUAAUUGUUUGGAUGCGAACAGCUGCCUUGCCAACUUUCAGAAAACUCUAUGGGAAGAUCGAGGUGGACCUUGAACUAAAUGACAAAAUAACAGUGGUGAUACAGAACAAUUAUAACACGUACGGCUUUGGAGGGAAGAAGAAGUUAGUUCUUUCAACUACAACUUGGAUUGGUGGAAAAAAUGAUUUUCUUGGUGUAGCAUAUCUGACGGUUGGUGGCAUGUGCCUGUUCUUGGCAAUUUGCUUCGUGCUUCUGUAUGUGUUCAAGCCAAGGACCCUUGGAGAUCCAUCAUACUUAUCGUGGAACAGGAAUGCAGCAGGGCAUCCAAGCUAGCAUGGGUAUCUUUAUGAUCUCCAGUUUCUCAAGCAAUAAGCGUGAAACAGACUGCGCUACCUUUUGUUUUCUUGAGAUCUUUUCAUCGCAUGAGCCCAGACCUGAUUAUGGGGACACUUCUAUCUUCAUGGUUUAAUGCAUACGUUAAUCUUUGCCGCUAAGCUAAGGAAAAAUAUAAAACAUGUCUUAUGGCUUA